UAACCAAAUUUUAAUUAACUUAACCAACGUUUAAUUACACAACAUUUAUCAAAUAAUAGUUAGAUAAUGAAAAGAUGAAUAGUUAGAUAAUGAAAAUCACAAUUUGUAAUUUUUACAAACUAAUUACUGAUUCAUUUAAAUAUGUUGAAUAAUAAUUUAACUAAUUAAAGUUUUAUUAGUCAAAAUUAGUCCAGAAAUAUUCUUGUAUGCUUUAUUUUUUAUUAAAUAUCAAGUAAGUAAAUAUAUUUGUGAUAUUUCCAACACAAAAUGGUGAAAUUCAGAAUAUUUAAAAACAUAAGAUACACACUAUUUUCCUCUAAUUUUAGAUUUCUAGUGGAUAUCUAGUUUCGUUCUCCAAUAUAGAAAGUUCCCAUCGUGCGCGUUGUACAACUGCGGCACUACCAACAAGCAUAACACGGUUCGUUCGAUAUAUCGAGACAAAGCUACCACAAUGGCCGUGGUCAAUUAAAGUACUGCUAUAAAUAAAUUUCUCUUCUCUUCCCCCCUAUUUAAUUUCAACCCUCUCCAUCUUACAUUUCGUUCAAUCAUUUACUUUUGUCUACUAUGCAAAGUAUUUAUAAAAAAUUACAUUAUGCGGACUGAAAAUCUGUCGAAAGUGUCUGCAAAGUUCGAAUCGAUCGAGUCAAAUCGAUAGUGCGUUCGACGAGCGACCGUUCGCACGCGCUUUCGUAUAUUCCCGUAUAUAUGUGUGUAUAUGUGUGGUGCGGGCGAGCAACGAACACCGUCGCCGUCGCGCGUUCUCUUGGCAGGGGACACCAGCCCGCACUUUAUUUGCCAAUUACGGCGCCGAUGCGCGGCACGGGACGUUAAAUGUGCGUGCAGGAUGUCGAAUCCGGGCGGUAGCAGGAGGAACGGGGCCAUGAAGAUCCGUUUGACGAUUUUAUGCGCCCGUAAUCUCGCUAGGAGGGAUUUAUUUCGUUUACCCGACCCUUUUGCUAAAAUAACUGUCGAAGGCUCUGGACAAUGUCACAGUACAGAUACGUGUAAAGCCACUCUUGAUCCUAAGUGGAAUCAACACUAUGACCUAUAUAUCGGAAAGAACGAUGGGAUCACCAUAUCCGUGUGGAAUUACAGAAAAUUCCAUAAGAAACAAAACGGAGGGUUUCUGGGAUGCGUACGCAUAUUAUCAAACACUAUCCAAAGACUUAAGGAUACAGGAUAUCAACGUUUGGACUUAUGCAAAGCUCAUUCCGAUGACACGGACGUUGUUAAAGGGCAAAUUGUCGUGUCCCUUAUGUCACGGGAUGGCCAUAACGGUGCAGUGAGCAAUACGGUCGGUCAUAACGCCGUGGUCGACGUGCUCGGAGAUCUGAGCUGUCCAAAUGAUCUACCGGACGGUUGGGAGGAAAGGAGAACGGAAAGCGGUCGACUUUACUAUGUGAAUCAUCACACGAAGAGCACGCAAUGGAUUCGUCCGAACGCACGGCCUAACAAUGCUAUUAUACCAACGACACCGGAACCACCGCCCUUGUCGGAGCCUACGUCGCCCAGCAGUAGCGCGAGCUCACCGAACGUAAGAAACGAAGACAGUCCCGCGAGACACACGUCACCCGAGUGGACCGGCGGAGACGGCACCCCGAGCCAUACACCCAGCCGGGACAAUUCGACUCAAAGUACCCCGAGAAAUACACCGACGCAGCAGCAACAGCAGCAGAGCCGCAAUCAGCAGCAGAACCAGCACAACGUGAGGAACACGACGGCAUCGUCUCUGAGGGAGCGGCGCGUCGUUAGAGGAAUCGACGAACAAAACGGCAAUCAAAACGGAAGGAUAGAACGUGGCCUUAACAGCGGCGGCCAAGUACGAAGGCCUACUCGCGGCAACAGGAACAGAAAUAGCGUCAUGUCGAGUAGCGACAGACGAACCGAUCCGCCGCAGCCGUCGGAUCUACCUCGUGGCUACGAAAUGAGGAAAACUCAGCAAGGCCAGGUAUAUUUUUACCACGUGCCGACUGGAUCCUCCACUUGGCACGAUCCGAGGAUUCCGCGCGACUUGCAAGCUAACGAAUUGACGAACGAGCUUGGUCCGCUUCCCAGCGGAUGGGAAAUGAGGCAGACCCAAAGCGGACGGGUAUACUUCGUGGAUCACAAUAACAGGACAACGCAGUUCACCGAUCCCAGGCUGUCCACUCAGAUAAUAAGCAAUCUACUGAAUAGGAGGCAAAAUAACAACGUGAACACUCAAAUCGCGAAUAAUGCAAACAAUUCGGUGACGAGCGAGGCCGCUGAGGCUGAAUCAACGAAUGCAUCGGUGGUACAGCCUAGCACGCCGCAGCAGCCAACGAGAAGUGAAAAUGGAAGUAACAACAAUUCUCCCACGAUGGAAAACGUCCCGUCCCACAAUGCUCAAACAGUAUCGGAAUUGCCGAAGGAGCUGAUGGACAAUGAGCUCCUUCCGAAAUACAAACGUGAUUUAGUAGCAAAGUUAAAAUGCCUUCGAGCGGAACUGAAUGCUCUUCAGCCUCAGAGUGGACACUGCAGAUUGGAGGUGUCGAGAAACGAAAUAUUCGAAGAAUCGUACAGAUUGAUAAUGAAAAUGCGUCCGAAAGAUAUGCGCAAAAGGCUCAUGGUCAAAUUUCGCGGCGAGGAAGGUCUUGAUUACGGCGGUGUCGCACGCGAAUGGUUAUACUUGUUAUCCCACGAGAUGCUGAACCCGCAAUACGGACUCUUUCAAUACUCGAGAGACGAUAACUAUACGUUACAAAUUAAUCCGGAUUCAGGGAUAAAUCCAGAACACUUGUCGUAUUUCCAUUUUGCCGGAAGGAUUAUAGGCAUCGCCGUUUUUCACGGUCAUCACGUUGACGGUGGUUUCACAACUCCGUUCUAUAAAAUGUUGCUUAAUAAGGCUAUAACUUUGAGCGAUAUAGAAGGAGUCGAUCCGGAACUGCACAGGAGCCUUACAUGGAUGCUGGAAAAUAGCAUAGACGGCGUGUUGGAUGCUACCUUUUCCGUCGAGCACAGCAGUUUCGGCGUACUGAAGAAUCACGAGCUAAAGCCGGGCGGUAAAGACAUUCCGGUGACGGAAGAAAACAAGAGAGAAUACGUCCGCUUAUACGUAAACUAUCGAUUUAUGCGCGGUAUCGAGCAACAGUUCUUAGCGUUACAGAAAGGAUUUCACGAAUUGAUACCUCCCCUGUUACUGAGACCAUUCGACGAGCGCGAAUUGGAGUUAGUUAUUGGCGGUUUGGGUACCAUUGACAUAAACGAUUGGAAGAUGCAUACUCGGCUUAAGCACUGCACGCCCGACACGCCGGUCGUGCAGUGGUUUUGGCAGAUAGUGGAAUCGUACGGUGAAGAAAUGAGGGCGAGGUUGCUUCAGUUCGUCACCGGCAGCUCCCGAGUUCCGUUACAAGGAUUCAAGGCUUUACAAGGAUCGACAGGAGCAGCGGGUCCACGGCUCUUCACGAUCCACGCCGUUGAUGCCCCGAGCGAGAAUCUACCAAAAGCGCAUACCUGUUUCAAUAGAAUUGACAUACCACAGAAUUAUCCGAAUUAUCAAAAGAUGCUUGACAAGCUUACGCAGGCGGUUGAGGAGACUUGUGGCUUUGCUGUCGAGUAAUAUGGUACGGUUACUGCACGAUUUUUAUUACGCUAACGCAUAUUUCGGCAAUAAUCAAUUCCCACAAUAGACGUUCUAUAAAUAUCGUUAAUAAAAUGAAGAGGAAAUUAUUUAUUUUCUAUACAAAACAGCGAGAAGUAAGAAAAUCCAGUGAGUCUUACGAAAGAAAAUUAAUAUGUGAGUUAUCAGCGUCAUUGUUUCACAUAUCACAAAUAUCUAAGUAGCCUUGCAAUUACCAACUUUACAUAUCUUGCACAUUUCAUGAUAUAUAUCCCUCUUUGAACGUAAAUUUUUGUAACGUAAAUUUGAGUAACAAUUUUUAGGAAACUAGUUAUGUCGGCCUUUAGAUAUUACGCGGUUAAAUAAUUCAAUUUACGGGGAUUAUUAUUCCUCUCUUCAGUGAAAAUUAAUUAAGCUCUUUUUUACUUAUGCACAUAUACACGUUUAUCAAAGUUCUUAUCGACUCACAUAUUUCUAUAAAAUAAAAUCAUUAUUUCCAUUUAAUUCGUUGAAGUUAGUUUUACUAUUUUAAUUAUGAUAUAAAUAUAAGAUAAAACAUGCACAAAGUAUUUCUGGAAGAAAAAAAGUUAUGAUUAUUAUUCUUCCGAAAGUUAUGUGUGAUUAUUACUAUACAAUGUUCAUACUGUACAGAUUUUUAUUAAAACACGUAUUUACGUAAAAGAAUCUCGACGUUAUGAACGUAGCAAUAUAUAACAUAAGGAAUCAAUUCGUAUUUACAAAUUUUCAAUUUCACUUUAAAGCAAAUAUCAUUGCACAGUCAAUUAAUUCCAUAUCAACUAUCUAUUGGAUAAUAGGAUUUAGUAUCGUGAGCGUGAAGUGCAUAUAUGUAUAAAAUUCGCUCAUUCGUAGAGGCAGACAGCAACUAGACACGAUGCUGAAAAUCUAGUAUUUAAAAACGUAUUAUUGGGCUUUGUUGUCCAAGGGCAGAAGCAGAGAGUUUGUACAUAUGUAUAAUUCUGAACGCAAGUGUUAAACGAAAAUUGUUAUAAUUUAUAAAGAAUAUAAGGACAAUAAAAGAUGAAGAUAAUAUUGAGAUAUAUCUUCAAUUAGACAUCGAAUCUUCAAUUUAGAAUAACAGAUAUAAAAUAUAUAAAAGCAAAAAAAUGGUAAGCGAAUAGAUAUUUUUAAUAUAUUAUAUUUUUCUGAUAAUUUCCUAUUGAUAUUCUCGUUAUUCUCACAAAAAUAAUUAAUACUUUGAAAUUAUCAAUAUUUUAUUCUUUGAGAUUGUAACACUUUCGUUCGGAGCUGUUGUAACGCAAUCGACAAAACUUUAUUGUUGUGCAACCUGUGCGACAAACAGACCAUUGUUGCUUGUUAAGAGUUAAUAUCACCGAAAGCGUUAGUAAGAUGUAAAUAAUUUAUUAGAGAUUAAUAUAAUAGAGUAAUAUGUAAUAUCGUUUCACGUGCAGAUCAGAUAGUGAUCGUCAUGCGCUGAUUUUAACAUUGACAAAAUCGUGUGUAUAUUAGCUUUAAUUUAGAGCACACUCUCUUAUUUAAGGAAAGAGUUCAUUCGACGGGUUUAUGUAAGCUUAAAAAUGUUUCGAUCGAACUGACUCUUUUGUUUGAGAACUUCACGAAACAUGACUAUAUCUUACUAAACUGCUUUUAGUAAGCUAUGGCGCUAUCUUUUUAUUUAUCUCACGAAGCUUUCAUUUAGUUCAGCAUAUGACGCUGUAAAAAUAUCUAAUGCAUGGAUCAUUAUUUUUGUAUAAUUAUUAUUGCAUUAUUAUAUUUGUAUUAUGCACAAAACUGUGAUGAAACAUAUCGUAGAUGAAAUUAUGCCAGUGGAAAGAAAAUUUAAAAUCUCACUUUUCGAUUCUAAAGAAUUGAUGUGUAAUUUAACAUUUACUUGAUACACACGAUAUUAUUGAAAUCAAUAUAUAUUUAUUAAAUCUUUUUCGAAAGAAAGCAUCUCUACACCUUGCUUGAGUUAUUCGAAGUAUCAUCCGUUUUCAGUGUCUGAAACACGGUCUGAAUACUAAGCGCAUUGUUAUAACGGGAAACGUAACUAUUACGACUCAAGUAGGAUAAUUUAAUAAAUACAGCUGUUAACGUUAAACUAACGUUAUUACUCGUAUAAACGGACACUUCUAGCGAUGUCUAUAUCUGUUGCCUUAAUUUCAAAUGUACACGAACUUUUGUAUGCAAUUACUUCACGGAAUGCAGACAAUGCCUCGAUAUUCUAUGAGCGACGUAAUAUGCUAAAGUAAACUACAAAUUUUUGAUGGAAUGUAUAACUAUGCUACAAAUAUGUAAUUAAGGAGAGAAACUAUUUUCAGUAUCUAAAGAUCGCGAUUAACAUCAGGGCAAUUAAGAAAGUUGACCAAGAUACAGGAAAGUUUCAGUGAGAUUUUAUAUUCCUCAUUAAACAAUGAGGAAUAAUAAAGUUUUACUUUUCCAUUUGAAAAAAAUUUUUUAUAUCACAUUUGUCUUUUGUUAUACAUUCAACACAUAAUUCUAUCAGAAGAAAUGUGAUAUAUCUUUUUGUCUAAUUUUCUUAUUGCUUUCUGCAAUCGUUAUCUUGUCGAUAUAGCAAUAAAGGCCUUGAAAGUGCCUUGUGAUUGACGUUAAUGAUGCUGCAAAAGUAUAUUUAUAAUAUUUUCACAAAUAAUACAAAUUUUAUUCUCCUUUCUUGAAAAUAUAUUUAAAUAGAUGCACACACACACAUAUACAAAUUUAUAGUUAAUAUGUUACAAUUGUCAAUUUAUAUGACGACCAUAUCACGUUUAGUUGUAAAAUAACAGAGUAAUAAUAAGAAUAUGGCUCAAGUAAAAAAUAGCCAAAGAAAUAUCCUGAAAAAUAAAAUAUUUUUGACUAAUAAAGAUUUUUUAUUUAAAUAAUAAUAUUUUUACUAAAUUAUUGUGCAUUGUAAUGUUUGAAUUAUUCUUUAUCAUGUUAAUUAUCUUUUUUUAGAAUAAUUCUUUUAUAAAAUUGCAUUUUAUGUACGUAUCAAUUUUGCUCAAUAUCAAAGAUUAAAUAUACUAUCAGAAUAUUUCUUGUGCAUACGUAUACUUUACAAAUUAUAAUUCAUUUAAUAACCGGUUUAUUUAGAAAUUUCCGUCUAAUAAAAAUUAUAACGUUAUUUGACAAAAAAAUUACUCUGUUAUUCAUUGAAUAAAAGAAAUCUUUAUAUUAUAGAUUAUACACGGAAAGAACAGUUUUAAAGUAUCUAAAAUUUUAGUUAAAUACAAUAAUUUUGUUGAAUGAUUAAAAUAAUUAUAUAAAAAGUUAGAAUGAUAAAUGAGGCAAGAAGAAUAAUAAUGAGCAAUGUUACAAAAAAUUUUAAAAUUCUAGCGAUUGGGCAUUUUGCAUAAUUAUUUUAAAGAUCUAAUAAAAUUAUUUUUAGAUCUAUAUUCAACUAAAUUUUUAAAUUUUUAGUAAACCUAUUCUUUCCGAGUAUUAAAAAAAUAGAGAAAUUAUAAAAGAGUAAAAGGAGAGAAAAAAAUAUCAAGAAUGACAAUAUUUAGAUUCACACAAAAUAUGUACAAAGGAAUAUAUUACAUAUUACACAUUGCACAAAAUAAUGUUGCUCGUAAAAGAAGUGACUAUAAAGAAAUUUGCGGAUCAGCAAGAUAUGCAAAUUAAAAUAAUAUCUUAAAAACCUGUAGUUUGAUUUAUUUUGGAUUAUUAGGUGACUAAAGUCACUCAUGAACUCUUUAUCGAUUCAUUCUGCUGAUUCUACAAGAUCAGUUACAUACGAGAAAGCUUAUACGAAAUAUGUACACAAAAUGAUGUACCUGUUUACAGAAAUAACAUGCUUUUGUUGAACGUACAUAGAUAUAUAUGUUAAAACUUUGCAGUCGAUACAACGAUAUCAAUAAAGAGUUAAAUAUUAUGAGAAAAGUGCGUAGAAAAUAAAUUUGCAAUAAAUUGUAGAGACUGUUUUUUCCUCUAAUAUAGCCUUUGUUGACGUCAAAAUAUCCGUUAGUAUUUGAAGCAACUUAUUUCUUUUCUAUUUACAAAUAUGAGUUAAUUUAAUAUCAAAAAGUUGAUGAAAAAAGUAAUGAGAAAUUUGAGCUCUUGUUCAUAAACUAAAGCCUUUGGCACACGAUAUGAUUGUUGAUGCUAAAUCGCAUACGAGACAUCUUAUUACGUGUCCUGAUUGGCUUGAAUGAUUAUAUUACCCAAUCAUAAGACGCCUCGUAUGCGUGCUAGCAUGAAAAAUCGUAUCGUGCUGAAGACAUAAGAUUUAUUUAGCAGUUUUAAAUUGCAAAUUUUUGCAAAUUAUAAAUUAAUAUAUAUGUAUCUUAAUAUAUAUCGUCUUUUAUAAUUAAGUUAUAAAUAAUUGCCUUCUUUGUAAUUUGUAAUUAUAAUGCGAGAUUAUGCGUACUCAAUUAUAUCACUGCGGAUGUAUUAUUAUUAUUAUUAUUAUUAUUAUUAUUAUUAUUAUUAUUAUUAUUAUUAUUAUUGUCAUCAACUAAUAUCAUUUGUUACUAUCAUCAUUUAUUGCACAAGCCUUUCAAGAAACAAGUGUAUAUAUAUCUUUUCCUUUUGUAUUCCGGACGAAAUGUAUAUUUUAAUAAAAUAUCCAAAAUAUGGAAUCUUCUAAUGUUAA